AUGGAGAGGCCAGGAUCACCAGAUCCCAGUAAUCUGUCUAUGAAGAGCGAUGACUCAAAAGAGCAACACAUUGACUUUGGUGGAUCCGUCAUUCCAGACCCCAGCUUUACGAUACAUAGGUUUAAGAUAGAGAGACCAGUAUCACGGGUUCCCAGUAAUCUGUCUAUGAAGAGCGAUGACUCAAAAGAGCAACACAUUGACUUUGGUGGUGGAUCCCUCACUCCAGAUCCCAGAAUUCAGAAGGAUAGACCAGGGUCACCCAGUAAUCUGUCUCUGAAGAGUCAUGUCUCAAAAGAGCAACAAAUUGACUUCGGUGAUGGAUCCUUCACUCCUGACCCCAGGUAUUCUAGUCCUGAAGAUGUCUCCUGUGAUUUCUGUACUGGAAUGAAGCACAAAGCUGUGAAAUACUGCCAAGUCUGCCCUGCUGCCUACUGCGUGAUACAUGUCCGGAAGCACUACACAGAGCCAGCUUUGCAGAGACACAGACUGGUGGAGGUGAAUGGAGACCGGGAGACCAGACUGUGCCAGCAACACUGCAAAGCUCUGGAGCUGUUCUGUCAGACUGACCAGACACUGAUCUGCAGUCUGUGUUCUGCACAGGAGCACAGGAAUCAUGAUACCAUUUUUGUCAAGGAUGAACAUGCUGAGCAAAUCAGUGCGGAGGAGUUCUAUGACAAACUAUCCCAGAAGGCACACAGCCAAGGUCAGUGUGGCAGUGUUACGAUCCCUGCCUCCAAGCAACGAAAGAGGCAGAAGAUGGCAUAG